AUGAAGGAAUGUGAGAACUGCGACGUUCCAGAGGAAGCCUGGGUGACCUUGGCCACAAAUGAUACUUAUGCCCUGGGAGCUUUGGUUCUGGGUCAUUCCCUGCAGAGGGUGAACACAGGUCGCACUCUGAUUCCUCAGUCUCCUCAAUAUGAUUUUGACUUCAUUAAGUGUGGCUCCUUAACCCUAAUCCAGGCAAGGUCGUUGUUGGCAGAAACGUUUCACUUGGUGGAGGAGGUGAAUGUGCUGGACUCACGAGAUGUGACUAACUUGGCCAUCUUGGAUCGUCCAGACUUGGGUGUCACAUUCACCAAGCUCCACUGCUGGCGCCUCAUCCAGUUCUCAAAGGCCAUCUUCCUCGAUGCAGACACUCUUGUGGUGCAACCCUGUGAUGAGCUGUUUGAGCGCGAGGAGUUUUCAGCUGCACCCGACUGUGGCUGGCCGGACUGCUUCAACUCUGGCGUGUUUGUGUUUCGACCCUCUGUAGACACCUACACAGCCUUGCUCGACUUUGCUGUCAAACAUGGCAGCUUUGAUGGUGGGGACCAGGGCCUCUUGAAUCUCUAUUUCUCUGACUGGGCCACCAAAGACAUCAGCAAACAUCUCCCAUUUAUCUACAAUGUUGUUGCUACUGCAAUCUAUUCCUAUCUCCCUGCUGUCCGACAGUAUGGCAAAGAUGUGAAGAUAGUCCACUUCAUUGGUGUCAUCAAGCCAUGGAUGCACCACUUUAAUCCCGUCACUCGAGAGGUGUCUAUGCAAGGAGGGCCAGAGUAUCAGCACUCUCUAUCAUAUUUGAAGCUGUGGUGGGAUCUGUUUGCUGACAACAUCAUCCCAAAACUCACCAGUGAAUAUUUGGCUGACCACCCAGAAUUUGGUGACGUAAUCUACGCUAAUCUGCCUGCCUACUUGCUCAACAACUUUUCUCACCUGUUGGAUAUCCCAGACACCUAUAUCCGGAUCACUGACCACUCCCAUGUAGCAUUUAUCCCAACUGACAGCUAUGUGUGGCAGGAAUUUCGACAGGACCGUAUUGUCCCUGACUGACCACCUGAGCACCACAUCCACAUUGCUCCAGUCCAAAAUGUAGAACCUGUUAGAGUUGAAGAGCCAUUUAAACCACCCGACAUCGAGAAACCCGCCGAAUCACGACCGAUGAUCUGGGAUGUGUACCCUGUUGGGGGGCCUGAUCUGAAAGUGGAGAUUGAGCCUGAGGUGGAGAAACGACAUGUCUACAUCGAUGCCCCUGACCAGUCCCGUCCAAUGAUCUGGGACAUUUUACCAGUUGGAGGCCCUGUGGUAACACGAGCCACAAAGGAACGGCGGCGGUCACGACGCAGCAAGAAAGUCAGAGCAUCCAAAUCUCAAGACUCAUACAUAUUGGAGAAGAUGAAGACUCAAAACAAAGAGGGCAUAGUAGCAGCACAGGUGCAACUAGAUGAUGUAGAACCACCCGUAAGUCUUGGAAAAUGGCCACUUCUUCAGUCAAAAUCCUCUAGUGAACUCCGUUCUUCGUUUGAGAGUCGUAUGGAAGAAACACGUAAGAGCCUCGAAGAGACGUCUCGGAAGCCUCUGAAGGGAAUCCUGAAGAACACAUCUGUUCCUAGAGAUCUAGAGUCACUGAGUCAAGAAGAUGAAGUUCCAUCGUCGGAUGCGUCAAAAGACACUGGCGCUUAUUUCAGGUCAUUGCCAGAUGUCUCCACGACUGACCCAUUGCAUAAUGGCGUUGACCAUGUAACAGAGGCAGCAACAUUGCUGCUGGGAGGAAUUGAAGAUGACAAAACUGCGCUAACUGUUCAACGGGAAGAAGCAUCUGUUGCAAAGGAAAGCAAUCUCCCAACUGCCACUGAGCUAGACUUGAAGGCUCAAAUUCAGGAGAAGGCAAAGAAGGUAAUAGAGCAGGAGUUAAGUGCAAUGAUGGCUGAAGCCGAAGCGGCUAAGUCAGCUCUGGAAGCCUUGAAAAAGGAGCUUGGUGCGACAGCCUUUUUCAGGGAAGAUACGCCUGAAAAAUCAAGAUGGGAAUCGCGCAAGAGGAAGCCUGAGACUUCCGAAAAGAGGCAGAAAAAAACUGAAAAAUCUUCUGUGAAGGCGAAAAUAAAGUCUAAACCUACUCGGCUGGCACAAGCUGACCUGCAUGGCUUAGAUCAAGGUAAGGACCAUGCGCGAAUUGAGCCCCUGGAUAAAGAAGGAACUGAAGUGUUGGAGCUUGAAAUGCCCUCUCAUGAGGUAGCUGCUGUUGGUUUGCAACAGCCUAAUCUACCCAAGAAAAUAGAACAAGGACAGCAUAAGGCAGCAAUGGAGACCAUAAAACAGGAUGAUCUGACUGGUCAAGUAGCGGUUGAAACGAAGGCAGCCGAUACCCCGCUGCCAGCAGCCGAUACCCCGCUGCCAGCAGCCGAUACCCCGCUGCCAGCAGCCGAUACCCCGCUGCCAGCAGCCGAUACCCCGCUGCCAGCAGCCGAUACCCCGCUGCCAGCAGCAUUCCACGAGACAAUGCAGCCGGAGCCAGAAACCAUUCGAGAUGAAAGCACGGCAGCAUCGGACGCGAAACAAGAGGAAGUAGAAUCAAGUGUACCAAGGCAAGAGAGAAUGACUCGAGAAACUGACGUGAACCUAGAUGAACUCGUGAUUAAGGGAUCCCAGGAAGAGGAAGGAGGGGCUGAAGGUGAUGUUACAGAGCCUAGUGCAUCAGAGCAAGAUAAACUCACACAAACAGCUGAAAGUCCAGAUGAAUCGGGAGCUCUGAAAACUCAAGAUAUCUUAGCCAGCACUAAUGAAGAUGAAUCAACGACAGGAGCCGAAGCGAAGCAAAGCGAAGCAACGAAACAUUCAGAUGAAGAAAAGCUUGCCACGAGUGUGAUUGAGGAAUCAAAAGGUGCUGAACGAUGUGAUAGCGAGAAUCAAAACUUGAAACCCAGCAUUCCGCAGCCAUGGAGCCUGAUCUCGACGACUGUCGCGCCUCAAACUCCGACCGUCUUUGAUUCGCCCGUCUCUCAUAUGAUGCUUCUUGCCACUCAGAUCCCGAUGGCUAGCCAGGCGCUUGAUACACGGAUGCGGACUGCUCUAGAAUCUGAUACAAUCUCCACUUUUUUGCCUUAUCCUGAGACGACUGCUUAUACGGAUCGAGCGCUGACCGAUCUCACAUCGCUUCUCAUCCCAAAUACUCCCACCGAGUUGAUGGACUCUUUGACUUUAUCUGCCACACCGACCGAAACCCUCUCUGAUCCAAAAAGAACUGACAUUCCACUUUCUAAAAAAUCACCUGACACACUCACCCAGACAGCCCAAAAAUCAUCUGACUUUCGAACCGACUCCGAACCCAGACCGCAAACGGACUCUGAUAUCCCCACACGCAGUCAGGCAAAAGGGAAAGCAAAAGCAGGUUUGGGCACCUCUGGAGCAAAGCUGGAUCUGCCGCCUUGGUCGCCAUGGGAACCAGCAAUGCAGGCCGAUCUGGGUGCGUCGCUGAGCAGCCUCCGCAUCUCGGAGCCGGAGACGGAUGCGCCCCGAGCGCCCAAGACGGAGGCCGAGCGCCUGGCCGCAUGGGAGAGCGGGCGCGCGGACUACUUGGGGUAUUCUGGACUACAGCUCCUCUUCACCUUCUGA